CGGGAGGCGGGACCUCCUCCUCGCGCUCCGAUUGGUCCUCCCCCGCUUUGAUGGACGGCCGCUCUCCACCAAUCAGAGACUAGGAACGACGGAAGCGGAAGCGCGCGGCGGGAGCGGAAGCGGAAGCGGGAUCCGGAAGUGAAGGGCAGCGAUGGCGGCGGCCUGGGCGCGGCUCGGGGCGCUCAGCAGAGCAGGGGCCAUGGCGGCCGCGGCCUACGGGGCGCACGGGCUGCGCCGGAGCGACCACGACGAGUACCAGAAAGAGGUGACAUUUCUCUACGAGAACCGCCAAUCGGUUCCACCUCCUGCACAGUUUGGCCCUUCUGGCGACCCCCAUUGCCGGCACCCCCACCUGGCGGGCUCUCUGUUCCUGGCGGGGCUCGGGCUCUUCUGUGUCCCUUUUUACUUCCACGGCCUCAGCGGGGACCCCAAACUCAACCGGGGGCCCCUGGGGGGGACCCUGCUCAUCCUGGGCUGGGCGGCCAUGGCGCUCUAGGGACCCAAAAUCACCCAAAAUCACCCAAAAACACCCAAAAACACCCCAAAAACACCCAAAAUCACCCCAAAAUCACCCAAAAACACCCCAAAAUCACCCAAAAUCACCCCAAAAUCACCCCAAAAUCACCCAAAACACCCCAAAAUCACCCCAAUUCACCCCAAACUCAACCGGGGAGCCCCCCUGGGGGGGUCCCUGCUCAUCCUGGGCUGGGCGGCCAUGGCCCUGUAGAGACCCAAAAUCACCCAAAUUCACCCCAAAAUCACCCAAAAUCACCCCAAAAUCACCCCAAAAACACCCCAAAAUCACCCAAAAUCACCCCAAAAUCACCCAAAAUACACCCCAAAAUCACCCCAAUUCACCCCAAAAUCACCCAAAAACACCCCAAAAUCACCCCAAUUCACCCCAAAAUCACCUAAAUUCACCCCAAAAUCACCCAAAUUCACCCCAAAAUCACCCAAAAACACCCCAAAAUCUGACCCCGAGGGAGCCCCAAAAUCCAUGGG